CACGGUUCGGUCCGAGCACGGUUCAGUCGGCGAGUUUAGCUCAUCGGAUGCGUGAAGUCUGAAGGAAAAGGUGGAAAAUCUCCUCCUCACAGGGAGCACUAUAAAAGCAAUUGUGAAAAAUCAGAGUGAAGUGAAAAACGGAAACGUAGCAUUUGUAUUAUACAACAGCGAGUAGGAAAGUUUACAAGGAAGUGGAAAAAAACGUGAACAGGUCGUGGAACGCCAGAGGUGAAAAUUCGUGAAAGUCUUACCAUAUCGGAUCGAUUUCUGUCCGAAACGAAAGUGAAACAACAACAAGUGCCCCACAUUCAGGAGGGUCAACCUCUCUGCAGAGUCAGUGUAAAUGUGCGUACAGCCGGGAUCCCGUAUCUAAAGCAAGCAUCAAAUCAAGGAUUAGUGUGGUCACAGUGUUUUCUAGCAGUGAUUUUAUGCGUGUAAACCAUGGCGGACCAUGACUUUGCACCGAGCUUCACCCAGAAGCCCCAGCUGCGCCAGGAGGACGACGGCAAUCGGUUAGUGUUCGAGUGUCAGUUGAUCGCGAAGCCGAAACCGGCGAUCGAGUGGUACCGUAGUGAGGAACUGCUGUCACAGAAUGCCCGCACCAAGUUCAAGAUCCAAUCGUUCGGCGAGAACAAGUACUUUGUGGUGCUGGAGCUGGACGAUGUGAUCGACACCGAUGCCGGUCUGUACAAGGUUAAGGCCAAGAACCGCAUGGGUGAGGUGUCCGCCUCCAUCAAUCUGAACUUUAGUCCUGUUGAUGAACCCGUCGAAAAACAAAUCGACGGCCUUGCGCCAACCUUCAUCAAAAAGCCCUCGAUCCAGCAGGAGAACGACGGCAAACGGUUGAUCUUCGAGUGUCAGAUUCAGGCCGAUCCGAAGCCACAAAUCCGGUGGGCCCACAACAACAAGGUCAUCGACUUUACCCCAAGGCAUAAGUUUAAGGAAACGAACGAUGGCAAGCUUUACUUCGUAACACUAGAGGUCGACAAUGUGUCGUUUGAGGAUUCGGGCAAGUACAAGGUCACAGCCAAGAACGAGCUGGGCGAAUCAAGUGCUACGAUCAGUUUGAACUUUGACAGUGAGGAAGUUCCAAUACCAGCGGAUGGUUUUAAACCAGCCUUUACCGAACGACCUGUCACACGACAAUCGGAUGACGGCAAGAAUAUUAUAUUUGAGUGUAGAUGUAUCGGUGAUCCGAAACCAACAUACACAUGGUACCAUGAAAAGAGCGAAGUUCAAAUGGGUGGCAGAUUCCAAAGUGAGGUAGAGGAAGAUCAGAACCACUGCUAUCUGAUACGGUUUACGAUCAAGGACGUGAAGCAGUUAGACCGGGGCGUGUAUAACUUCCUGGCGAAGAACAAGCACGGUGAUUCCACGGCGACUAUUAACCUGAACUUCGACUCGAGCGCGAAAUUAGUAAAUCCUGAGGGCAAACCGCCCCGCUUUCCACAGAAGCCCACCAUUUCCCAGAAGGGCGAAGUGCUCUCGAUGGAGUGCAUCCUGGAGGCCCUGCCGGUGGCCGAUAUUACCUGGUACCAUGGCCAGGACACGAUCACCGACGGCGAACGGUUCAAAAUCUUGCGCAAAGCGAUCUCAAUCGAUACCUAUCUGUUGACACUCCAAAUUUCACAACCGACCGCCAACGAUGGGGGCAUCUAUCGUUGCCACGCUUUCAACCCGUUCGGGGAAAGCAACGCACAUAUUACGCUUAACUUCAAAGCGAAUGAAAACGAUAGAGGUUUCGCUCCGUCGUUCGUGGAGAAACCGAAGAUCAUCCCGAACAAGCUGGGCACGCUGAUAACGAUGAAGUGUAGAUGUAGAUCGAAACCGAAACCGACCGUCAAGUGGAUGCGCAAGAAACAGGAGGUCAAAUCGUCCAACAAGGUUGCUCUGGAGGUUAAAACCGUAGACGAGGAUACGUACGAACUCACACUGAACAUCAAGGAUCCCAGCUCGGAGGACGGCGGCAGCUAUUCGUGCGUUAUCAGCAACGAGUUUGGCGAGAGCAGUGCGACACUGAAUCUGAACAUCGAGAGCGAACAGGAAUCGACGAAGAAUGCUCCGGUGUUUGUCGAGAAACCGCACAUCGUCUCGCUGGACAAUGGCAAGCUGGUUCGCAUGGAGUGUAAGGUCAAGACCGACAUCAAACCCGACAUCACGUGGACACGGGAGGGUAAACUGCUGCAGGAGACGAACAAGCUCAAGAUCACCAUCACGGCAGAGAAGGACGUGUACCACAUAAGUCUAGUGCUCAAAGAUCCACAGACGGAAGACUCCGGCACGUACAAGUGUAAUAUCAAGAAUCUUCUCGGGGAAUUAAAUGCCAAUUUAAUUCUUAACAUUGAGAUUGUUCCUGUUAUCAAGGAAAAACCGAAACUGGUAACGAACGUCAAGAAACGAAUGGCGGCCAUCGAGUGUACGGUCGCGUCCCGCUUUAAACCGGAGUGCAUUUGGAUGAAGGAGACAACGGUGAUCAAGGAAACGCACCGUCACCUGAUCAAGAUCGAGGAAACGCGCGAGGGAGAAUUCUCGGUGAAGCUCAACAUCAGCGAGCUGAGCGAGGCUGACUUCGGCGCGUACAAGCUGGUCGCCAAGAACGACAAGGGCCAGGCUACCUCGCAGGUGAUCGAGAUCAAGGACAUCGUAUUCGAGAAGCCACCGCCGACCAAACCGAUCAUCGACACGAAGUUCAAAGACGUGGAGAUCGACGAAGGUGGUAACCUCACGCUGGCUGUAGGCUUGGCCCAGCCGGAUCGGCACUUUAAGGUAUACUGGAUGAAGAACAAAACUAUUCUGAAGACCAGCGAAACGGUUAUCCAGGAGUUCAGUGGACGAAUGGCUAAACUGCAGGUGAAAAACUGUACCGUGGAGGAUGCCGGUAUGUACAAGGUGUCCAUUAGCAACGAAAACCAGAGCGCCGAAUGUGAGGCCAAGGUUACGGUUAAAGCGAAACCGAAAGAGAAGGAUGAGGAGAAAAAGAAGAAGGUAGUGAAGAAGGUCGAAGAGAAGAAGGAAGAAAAGAUGGAGGAGAAGAAGGUUGAAGUGAAGAAGCAAACGAUCGAGAUGAACGGAGUCGAGCAAGUGGCUGAAAUUAAGGUGGAAGAGAAGAAGGCUGAGGUUAAGGUAGAGGCUAAGAAGGUAGAGGAGAAGAAGGGUGAGAUUAAGGUGGAAGAGAAGAAGGCCGAAGUGAAGGUCGAAGCCAAGAAGGUCGAGGAAAAGAAGGCGGAAGUCAAGAAGGCUGAACUAAAGGUGGAAGAGAAGAAGGCCGAGACUAAGAAGGUUGCCGCGAAGAAGGAGGAGAAGAUUGAAAUAAAAAUCGAGGAGGAGAAGAAGGUCGAAGCUAAGAAGGAGGCUAAAAAAGAAGAGAAAAUUGAAAUCAAGAUCGAAGAAGAGGCGAAACCGGAGGUUCCGAAAGUUAAAGAGCCACCAGCAGCACAGAAAGGAUUGGAGGCACCCAGUAUUGAAAUCAUUCGUGAUAGCAAAAAUGGCAGCCGACGUGGUUCAUUUUUGGAUGACCGUCGUCCGAGCUUGUUGAUGGGUGAUGAUACUAAACUGCGACCAGGAGAAGUUGUCGACGAACGAAAGAAACGACGACCAUCAAUCGAUGUACGACGCCCGAGCAUUCAAGAUAUGGACGAGAAGAUCAACCUGCCAUCGACGCCGUUGCGUGCCAUCGGCGAGGAAGGCAAGGCAGCGGCCAUUGUCGACUUCCAGGAGAGCUAUUCUGCCGUUGAAGAUCAAACCGGUUACAUUUCGAUCCAGGUUGAAGGUAAUCCUGCCCCGACGUGGAAGUUCUUCAAGGGCAUCACCGAGCUCGUUGAUGCGGGCCGUUACAAGCAUCACACCGAUGGCGAAAGUAACACCAUUACCCUGUGUAUCCGCAAAGUUAAACCGAAUGAUGAGGGCAAGUAUAAGGUGGUGGUGUCCAACGCCCACGGUGAGGAUUCGGCGGAAGUGCAGCUGUACGUGUCCGAUUCCAGCGGUAUGGACUUCCGUGCCAUGUUGAAGAAACGAAAGUACGCCAAGUGGGGCAAGGAAGAGAAGGAUCCCGACUGGGGUGAUCUGAAAGAAGUUGAGAAGCCGAAACCGCAGCUGAAAAAAGUCGAAAGAAAACAAGACACCUUCUCGAAACCACUUGUAGAUAUAACCUGUAAGGAGGGGCGAGAAAAGAAGGUCACCUUUGAAGCUAACUUCACCAAACCGAAUGCUAAGGCGAAGUGGAUGCUCCGUAAAGAUGAAAUCUUCACCGGUUCCAAGUACAAGUUCAAGGUUGAGGGCGAUUUGUACACCUGUGUGAUCACCAACCCUAAGGUGGAGGACGGAGGAAAGUACACGCUGGAAAUUGCAGGCGUUUCGUGUUUCGCUUACCUGAACGUCGAAGAAGCUGAUCCGGUGUACAAGUUCACUAAGAAUCUGAAGAAGGUGGAGAAGGGCUUCUUGACACAUGAUACCACGCUGGAGUGUGCGGUAGAUAACUCUCUAGCUCCGAUUUCCUGGUGGAAGGGGGAGACGAAACUGGAGAACAAUGACCGAUACGUCAUCGGCAAGGAUCUCAACGGUACUGUUUCGCUGAUCAUCAAGAACUGCGUCCAGUCCGAUGCCGAUACGUACACGUGCAGGAUCGAGAAGCAGCCGGAUAAAACGGAGACCAAACUGAAGAUUCUCGAGUACAACUAUAAGUUCACUAAGGUACUCAAAAGCCAGUCGUUGUUCGUUAAGGAUACCGUCACGCUGGCUUGUGAACUGGAUCACGUUCUCGGUAAGGUCGAGUGGUUCAAAGGUGACACCAAGAUUGUCGAGAGCGAUAAGGUACAGAUCAUCAAGGAUGGCCGAAAGCAUAAGCUGGUGCUGAAGGAUGUAGAAAAGGCAGACAGUGGAAUGUACCGUUGUGUGAGCAACGCCGACAAGACCGAAGCUGACAUUCAAGUCAAACGACCGAACAAAAUCUUGAAGCGUCUCCAGGACACAACAGGCGAUGAAACUCAAAAGUGUGUCCUCGAGAUAAAGGUUGAGGACGAAGAAGCCGACGUGAAGUUCUACCUCGGUGACGACGAGAUUACCAAGAACGACCGCAUCGAUAUCGUGGCGACCGGUGACGGUACUCAUCAGUUGAUCUACAACAAGCUAGAACUGACCGAUGCGGGUGAGAUUCGCUGCGAAUGCGGUCCACUGACAACCAAGUGUACGCUGAAGGUCAACAAGAAGGAAACGAAGCCGAAGUUCGAAGUUCCGCCCAAGGUGGAAACUCCGGCCAAGGCAGAGAAGGUUAUGGAAAUUCCAUUCACCACUGGUGAGUCACGCCAGUCUAAGGUCAUCGCCAAAGUGUACAAAGAUGGUAAACCGGUAUCACCGGACGAUGUUGAUAUAGUUGUAGAAAAAGAUAAGCUCGUAAUAAAAUUCAAGAAAACCGAGUUCAAAGACUCUGGCGAAUAUAAAAUUGUGCUGGAGAAUGCCACUGGCACGGAGGAACACACUACCAGCGUUGUUUUCCAGGAUAUACCUCAGCCGCCAACCGAGAUUCAGGUCGGGAACGUUUUCCAGACGCGUUGCGUCGUGAAAUGGAAGGCGCCGGUAAAUGAUGGCGGAUCACCACUUACCAAAUAUGUGCUGGAGCGACAGGACGUGUUCAAACGAUCAGGUUGGGAUGUCCUCCAGGACGUACCAGGUGAUCAGACGAAAUUUGCCGUCACCGACCUGAAUCCUGGUCGACACUACAAGUUCCGUAUCAAGGCGGUGAAUAAAAUGGGUGAAUCCGAUUAUUGUAGCAUGGAGGAAGACUUCAUUGCCAAGGAUCCAUGGACUGAACCGGAUCCACCGAGAGAUUUGGUUAUCUCCGACUGGGACAAAGACUUUGUUGAGCUUUCCUGGAAAGUUCCUGCAUCCGAUGGUGGAGCUCCUAUCAAGAGCUACAUCGUCGAGUAUAAACCUUACACGGCUGCCAAUUGGAAGAACUUUGAAGAGGUUGGACCUGAUCAAACCAAAACAACUCUUCGUGGCCUGACGGAAGGUGAGACGUUCGAGUUCCGAGUGAAAGCCACUAACCAGGGAGGUGCCAGCAAACCUAGCAAUAAUACGGAACCUCUGAGAAUCCGGGAUAGGUACGUGAAGCCGUUCAUUGAAGGUGAAGGCCUGAAACCGAUCACGUUGAAAAAGGGCCAUACAAUCCGUUACUACAUCCAGUACGGUGGAGAGCCAGAACCGGAGGUUGUCUGGGAAAAAGAUGACAUUCUCAUAAUUUGUGACUCCGAGAAGCGAAAAACUAUCGAUGUUGAAAGUUCUUCCACGACACUCCAGGUCAGACAUGCUGUUCGAGCCGAUUCCGGUAGCUACAAACUGAAACUCAAGAACAGCAGUGGAGAGUUCGUCACUUCGGCCAAGGUUUUGGUCUUGGAUGUGCCAACUCAGCCUAUUGGUCCGAUUAAAAUUGAAAAGGCUAGAUCGAACCAUGUGGUCAUCAGCUGGCAACCCCCGGAGGAUACGGGAGGUUGCCCAUUGACAGGCUACCUGCUGGAGAAAAUGGAUGUGGAAAACGGGACUUGGUUGCAGGCCGGAGAAUGUAGCGCCGAUCAACUCACCUUCGACUUCCAGCAUUUACAAAAAGGAAGAAAGUUUGAGUUCAGAGUUAAGGCCUAUAACAAAGAAGGUGAAUCGACCCCGUUGGAAACACUGCUGGCGGUAAAAACGGUCAAUCCAUACGAUCCUCCCGAGGCUCCUGGCAAGCCAUUUGUCGAUGACUACGGUAUUGAUUUCGCUGAGCUGAAAUGGGAAGCUCCGGAGAAGGACGGUGGUCGCCCGAUCACGCACUACAUCGUUGAGUUUAAGAACAAGUUCCUGUCGGACUGGACUGAGUGUGCCAAAACCGAAACGCCCGAUACUGUCUGCAAGGUUCCGAAUCUGAAGGCCAAAGUAAUCUACCAGUUUCGGGUCCGUGCCGUGAACAAGGGUGGAGCUUCUAAGGCUUCGGAACCCAGUGACAACCACACUGUUAAACACAAAUACCUGAAACCUCGCAUCGACCGAACUAAUCUGAAGAACGUCACGAUCAAGGCUGGCAAGUCUCAUCUCUGGUCUGCGGACGUUAAAGGUGAACCAGAGCCGGACAUCAUCUGGAGCUGGCGAGAUAACAUUCCACUCACGGUAACCGAGAACAUUAAGAUCGAGAAUGGAAACUACCACACGAACUUCUCGAUCAAGGAAGCCAAACGUGCCGAUACGGGAAAGUACAAAAUUACCGCCCAGAAUGCUUCCGGUAAGGAUGAAGAGGAAGUGGAAUUGGUGGUGCUAGGUUCACCCGGAAAGUGUCAAGGUAAACUGGAAAUUUCGAAUGUUACCAAGAAGGGCCUGAAACUGAAGUGGAAAAAACCGGCUGACGAUGGAGGUUGCCCAAUUACAGAGUACAAGAUUGAAAAGCUAAAGAAUCGAAACGGCAAGUGGGUUCGAUGUGGUACCGUCAAGGGAGGACCAGAAAUACUGGAAGCAAACAUUACCGGUUUGGAUGAAGGUCAAACCUACAAGUUCCGCGUAAUUGGCGUGAACUCCGAAGGCGAAUCGGAACCACUGGAAUCGGAUGAAGUGGUUGCCAAGAAUCCCUUCGACGAACCGUGGAAACCGGGUCAACCGGAGAUUGUGGAUUAUGACAAUAAGUCGGUGAAGCUAAAGUGGGCUCCUCCGAAGUCGGAUGGUGGUGCUCCGAUUCAGAACUACGUCGUACAGAAGAAGGAACGCUUCAAGGAGUGGGAAGAUGUGCUCGAAGUUCCUGGUGGCGAAUGUACGGCCACGGUUGAGGAUUUGAAGGAGAACACGGAGUGUCAAUUCCGCAUCGUUGCUGUUAAUAAGGCAGGCCGUUCGCCGGAAUCGGAUCCUACGAAUACGCAUAAGGUUAAAUAUCGUGCAUUGAAACCACGCAUUGACCGUACGAACUUGAAGCCGAUAGUCAUUCGGGCUGGCAAGAUGGUCCAUUUCGAUGUGAACGUGAAAGGUGAACCCGAGCCGGAGAUUACAUGGAUUUUGAAGGAGAAGCAAGUAUUCAACGAUGAUCACUGUGAAAUCAUCAACCAGAGCUACAACACCAAGUUCACGAUAAAGGACAGCUUGCGAAAGCACAGUGGAGUGUAUGAGAUUCAGGCAAAGAACGAGCACGGUAUGGACAAGGAAAAGGUUGAAGUCACGGUACUUUCAAGUCCUGGUAAACCGAAGGGACCGCUGGAAGUUAAGGACGUCACUAAGGAUGGAUGCAAACUUAAGUGGAAGAAACCGGACGAUGAUGGUGGUAAACCAAUUACGGGAUACGAACUGCAGAAGUACGAUCAGAAGGUUGGACGUUGGGUUCCUAUUGGUAAAGCUCCAGCAACCGCCGAAGAGUUCGACGUAACCGGACUCCAGGAAGGACAGCACUACAAGUUCCGGGUUAAAGCCAUCAACGACGAAGGUGAAUCGGAACCAUUGGAGACGGACGAGUAUGUGGUCGCUAAAAAUCCAUUCGAUGUACCGAAGGCUCCAACGGAUCUGACUAUUAACGACUGGGAUAAUAGCUCCGUUAACCUGCAAUGGAAACGUCCUUCGUCCGAUGGUGGUGCUUCGAUCACCGGUUACUUUAUCGAGAAAAAAGAACGCGGAGAGACGAAAUGGGAACCCGCGCUUACCACGUACAGUCCCGAGUGUCAGGCAAAGGUCGUUGACUUGCCAGAGAAACGAACCUACCAAUUCCGUGUUAGUGCUAUCAAUAAAGCGGGCACUGGCGAGGCUUCCGAUCCAACUAAUUUCCAUACUAUCAAACAUCGUUACCUGCGUCCACGAAUCGACCGUACGAAUCUGGUGCCGGUUACAGUGAAGGCCGGUCUCUCGGUGCAGUACGACAUCGACGUCGAGGGAGAACCGGCACCGACCGUGAAAUGGUUCCGUGGGGACAAGGAGGUAGCAACCGAUGCCGACUACAAGGUUGACAACGUUGAUUACAACACGAAGCUGUUCAUUGUGCGAGGUCGCCGUAAUCUCAGCGGCAAGUACACAAUCGUGGCAACCAACUCCCAGGGUGAGGAUCGUGCGGAAGUUGAGAUAACGAUUCUUAGCAAACCAAGUACUCCCGAGGGUCCGUUGGAAGCGUCGGAUGUGCACAAACAUGGCUGCAAACUGAAGUGGAAACCUCCGCUAGAUGAUGGCGGUAUGCCAAUCGAGGGUUAUGAGAUUGAAAAGUUGGAUCCACUCACCGGACAAUGGAUUCCGUGUGGUCAAAGCAGUACUCCGGAAGCGAACAUUUCUGGCUUACAGGAAGGUAAGCAGUACAAAUUCCGUGUCAAGGCUUUCAACAAGGAGGGUGACAGUGAACCGUUGGAGAUGGAAACUGUAAUCAUAGCCAAAGAUCCAUUCAGUGUACCAAGCAAACCGGGUCGUCCAACGCCCACUAACUGGAGCAAGGACUUUGUAGAGCUGGAAUGGGUCAAACCGAAAUCGGAUGGUGGUGCUCCCAUUACUGAGUAUAUUAUUCAAAAGCGCGACAAAGCUAGCCGUAAGUGGCAGGACGCAGCUACAGUCAGCGGUGAUCGUACUCGUGGCGUUGUGGAGGAUGUCGAAGAAGGACACGAGUAUGAGUUCCGCGUGGUCGCCAUUAAUAAAGCGGGUCCAUCGGAACCUAGCGAUAUAUCGGACAGCGUAGUUGCUAGGCCGCGUUUCCUUGCUCCAAGAAUUGACCGUAAGAAUUUGAAUAAGAAGAUCCUUCGCAGCGGACAGCUGCUUAACGUUGAAGCGGAUGUAACCGGUGAACCGGCGCCGAAGGUCACUUGGGAGCUAAGCGGAAAGGUGAUUCUUGGCCGAGAUGAAGAUCGUGUGAGAGUGGACAAUGAAGAUUACAAGACUAAUUUGAUUGUAAGGAAUCUGAAACGAGCUGACUCUGGUAUGUACAAGGUUACUGCCAAAAACGAUUCCGGUACAGACACCGUUGAAAUGGAGCUGGUUGUGUUAGCGAAACCAUCGAAAUGCAAGGGUCCGCUCAAGGUAUCGGAUAUGACGGCAGAAGGAUGCAAACUAGCUUGGCAACCACCGGAUGAUGAUGGCGGUGAACCGAUUCAGGCUUACGUGGUAGAGCGAAUGGAUGUGGACAGUGGUCGCUGGAUUCAAGUUUGUGAAUCCCGUUUCCCAGAAGCAGAUGUUACCGGCUUGCAGGAAGGCAAGGAUUACAUGUUCCGUGUCAAGGCUGUUAAUAGCGAGGGUGAAUCGGAACCAUUGGAAACUGAGACCAGCGUUCGCGCAAAGAAUCCUUACGAUCCACCAGGUGCGCCUGGCAAACCGAAGCCUACCGACUGGUCCAGGAAGCAUGUGUUCUUGGAAUGGAAUGAACCUGAAAGUGAUGGCGGCGCUCCGAUCACUAAGUACAUUGUAGAAAAGAAGGACGUUAAUAGUACCAAGUGGCAGAAGGCUCUUGAAACAGACGGACCUGUCAACAAAGCUAAGAUUCCCGAUCUUUUCGAAGGUACCACAUAUCAGUUCCGUGUGAAGGCCGUGAACAAAGGAGGACAAAGCCCGUACUCGCCGCUCUCGGAGCCGGUAUUGGUAAAGGAUCGAUUUGCACCACCAAGAAUCGAUCGCACCACGCUCAAGAAUCUAACCCUGAAGGGUGGCCAAUCCUUGAAAUUGGACUGUAAGAUUAGUGGCGAGCCCGCUCCCACCAAGUAUUGGUUGCUGAACAAAGCGCGAGUUGAGAAGGACAAUCCCGAUGUACGCGUUGAAUUUGAGGAUUACCGUGCUAAACUUACCAUAAGUGGGGUAACUCGGGCCCAUAACGGCAUUUACGAAAUCAAGGCUGAAAAUGCAUCAGGUUAUGAUGAAGUGCAGAUUAACAUUACCGUGCUAGAUAAACCAACUGCUCCGGAAGGACCGCUUAAGGUAUCGAACGUACAUAAGGAAGGAUGUUCGCUAAAAUGGAACCCGCCACUGGACGAUGGUGGCGUUCCGAUCGAUCACUACAACGUGGAAAAGUUCGAUAAAGAAACUCAACGCUGGGUUCCGGUUGGAAGAACUGCCGAUACUCAUAUGGAUGUCACCAACUUGGAACCAGGACAAGAGUAUUUGUUCCGUGUUUCGGCCGUUAACGAUGAAGGAGUUUCGGAGCCGUUGGCCACCGAACAGUACAUGGUCGCCAAGAAUCCCUUCGACGAGCCGGGAAAACCAGGAACUCCGGAAGCAUUCGACUGGGACAAGAACUUCAUCGAACUGCGCUGGACUCCACCGAUGAGCGACGGUGGCUCGCCGAUUACCAAGUAUAUCGUGGAGAAGCGCGAACACGGAACCAUCAAAUGGAUCAAGUGUGCUGAAGUAAUCGGGAACAAGUGUGAAGCCAAGGUGACGGAUCUGAAUGAAGGCGAAGUUUACGAGUUUAAGGUGCGCGCUCUCAACGAAGCUGGUCCGGGCGUUUGGAGUGAUCAGAGCAAGCCAAUCACUGCUAAGCCAAGAAAACUUGCACCGAAGAUCGAUCGUAGAAAUCUGAAGAAUCUGAGUGUGGGAAUUGGAGAACCGUUCGGAUUUGACGUUAAGAUUUCCGGAGAACCGGCACCGGAUGUUGAUUGGACGAUCAACGAUCGUAUGGUGACGGUUACUACUACUCGUACGAUCGACAACGUUCCGUACAACAGUAAAUUUGUCAACACCAAUCCGGACCGUAGAGAUUCGGGCAAGUACGUGAUCAAGGCAACCAACAAGUUCGGUAGCGAUCAGGUUGAGAUUACGGUUACGGUGAGAUCCAAACCAAGCAUUCCUGAGGGUCCACUAGAGGUGAAGGACAUGACCAAGGACAGUUGUCGGUUGGAGUGGCAGAAACCUAAAGACGAUGGAGGUGUUCCAAUCGAUCAUUACGUUAUCGAGAAGUUCGACCCAGACAAUGGCAUUUGGAUGAGCGCUGGCAAAACCGAUGGACCUAUCACUGAAUUCCCGGUUGAAGGUCUGGUGCCUGGUCAUCGCUACAAGUUCCGCGUGAAGGCAGUGAAUCCUGAGGGCGAGUCCGAACCUUUGGAGACAACUGGAACCGUGCUGGCGAAGGACAGCUUUACUGUGCCUGAUACUCCAAGUGCUCCAACUGUCGCCGACUGGUCGGAGAAUCAUGCCGUUCUGAAGUGGCCGGAACCGGACGAUGGCGGCAGCCCUAUCACUGGGUACAUCAUCGAAAAGAAGGAUAAAUACAGUCCGAUCUGGGAGAAGGCUCUGGAAACAAGCUCCCCAGCUGCGACUGCUACCGUGGGUGGUCUCGUGGAAGGCAACGAGUACCAGUUCCGCGUAAUCGCGGUCAACAAGGCCGGUCAAUCUGAUCCAUCGGAUUCGAGCCGUACCUUCACCGCCAAGCCUCGAUUCGCUCCACCAAAGAUCGAUCGCAGAACCAUUCGGGAUGUAUCGAUUUCCGCCGGAUCAAUGCUUAAAUUUGACGUGACCGUGUUUGGCGAACCAGCUCCCAAGUGCGAGUGGCGCAUCAACAAAGCUACCAUUCCGAGUGAUAAGCGGGUGGAAGUAUUGAACACGGACUACAAUUCCAAAUUUAUUAUGCGUCCGGCGAAUCGCGGAGACUCGGGUGAUUAUGAAAUAACGGCAACUAACUCAUCCGGUCGCGAUCAGGUGUGUGUUCAGGUGGUCGUAACUGAUAAACCAGGACCACCAGAAGGACCGCUGCAGGUUUCAGACAUCACAAAAGAAAGCUGUAAGCUGAAAUGGAAGCGUCCACGUGACGAUGGUGGUUGCGAUAUUGAGUACUACCAGAUCGAGCGCUUCGAUGAUGACGCCAAUGCGUGGGUUCCACACGCUCGCGCUGUCGAAACCACUGCCGAUAUCAGUGGUUUGCAGAAUGGAAAGAAAUACAAAUUCCGCGUCAGUGCAAUCAAUGCCGAGGGCGAGUCUAAGCCGCUGGAGCAAGCCGGAGACUUUAUCGCGAAGAAUCCCUUCGACGAACCAUCGGCUCCACGCGAUUGCAAAGCCACCGAUUGGGGUCCAGAAUUUGUCAAGUUGGCCUGGCAGCCACCCGUUAGUGACGGUGGCUCUCCAGUCACCGGUUAUGUUGUGGAAGUCAAAGACAAGUACGGCGAAUGGGAGAGGAAGAUGCAAGUUCCCGCAACUGCCACCGAAGCUACCGUACCCGAUCUUAUGGAAGGCCAAAAAUACGAGUUCCGCGUUCGUGCAAUUAACGAUGCCGGUCCAAGCGAUCCAAGCAACGCUACUCCUCCGAUUAUCUGUAAACCGAAGAAUCAACCACCAAAGAUCGAUCGUACCAAUCUGAUUGAUGUGCGAAUCAAGGCCGGCAACAACGUGGUGUUUGAUGUUAAAGUCAGUGGUGAACCAGUACCGACAACCCGGUGGGCACUGAACAAACGUGAGCUCAAGCAAAACGAACGCUUCAAGAUUCAAAAUUAUGACUACAACACGAAGAUAACAGUGCGUUCGGCAACUCGGGCGGAAUCUGGAACCUACACGAUUGAAGCCGAGAACGAAAACGGUAAGGAUACUGCCAAUGUAUUCGUUACCGUGUUGGAUGUUCCAAGCCCACCGGGCGGACCGCUUAAGGUAGAUGAAAUUACUGCGAACGGAGCAAUUCUGGAAUGGCGAGCACCCGAGGAUGACGGUGGACUACCAAUUGAUAACUACAUUAUCGAGAAACUGGAUGAAACCAAGGGAACCUGGGUGUAUGCUGGUGAUUCGGGCAGUAACAAAUGUAAGGCUGAAAUCGAUGGGCUCAUCGAUGGUCAUACGUAUAAGUUCCGCGUACGUGCACAGAACAAAAUGGGCAAAUCCGAGCCUCUAUCGAUGGCUAACGCCGUCCUGGCUAAGAACCCAUUCCGCGCACCAAGCCGGCCGGAGAGUGUAGUUAUCAAAGAUUACGACAAGGACUACGUCGAUCUGGAAUGGAAGACUCCAGAAAACGAUGGCGGUGCUCCGAUUACCGGGUACGUUGUUGAGAAACUUAGCAAAUACUCUGGAGAUUGGGAGAAAUGUGCCGAAGUUGAUGCCGAUUGCAAUACGGCCAAGGUACCGGAUUUGAUCGAGGGAGCUGCCUAUCAGUUCCGUGUCAAGGCGGUCAAUCGUGCCGGUGAAGGCGAGGCAAGUCGACCUACAGAAUCUCACAUUGCGCGUAGCAAGAAUCAACCACCAAGAAUCGAUCGGAAUUCGUUGUCCAACGUAAAAAUACGUGCCGGGCUUACGUUCGAGUUCGACGUUCCGGUGCAGGGAGAGCCGGUUCCGGCUAAAGAAUGGUCUCACAAGGACAACAUGAUCAUCAAUACCGAUCGUAUUAAGGUUGUUUACGAGGACUACCGGACCAAGAUACGUGUCAUGGAUGUGAAACGCGGGGACAGUGGAGUUUAUACAUUGACGGCGAAGAAUAAGAACGGUGUUGAUAUUGCUGAUGUUAACGUCAUUGUUCUGGAUAUCCCAGCUCCUCCCGAAGGACCCAUCCGGUUUGAGAAUUUGUCGAAGAACGGCGUAACACUGAUGUGGCGCCCGCCGAAGGAUGAUGGAGGUUCGGAAAUUCUGCACUACGUCGUUGAGAAACUUGAUACUGAUCAGCUUCGAUGGAUUCCUGUGGGAGAAACUAUUUCUACGAAGAUUCGUCCAGACAACCUGAUUGAAGGUCAUUCGUACCAAUUCCGUGUCCGGGCUGUGAACAAACAGGGCGAAUCUAUUCCACUGGCAACUUCACAACCAAUCACUGCUAAAGAUCCGUACACUAAACCCGACAAACCAGGUAAGCCUGUUGUGGUGGAUUGGAGCGAUAACCAUGUGGACUUGGAAUGGCCCAUUCCGAAGAAGGACGGUGGCUCACCAAUCACUAGCUACAUCGUUGAGAAGAAACCUCGCUAUGGCGACUGGAAAUUCGCCGGAGAAUUCACCGAGUUAUACAAACCAUCCGCCAAAAUAAAGGAUUUGACCAAAGAUGAAGAGUACGAGUUCCGUGUGUGCGCUGUUAACAAGGCGGGAGUUGGAGAUCCUAGCGAGUCAUCCGAUCCAGUUGUUUGCAAGUCACGAUUCGUGCCACCACACUUCGACAAGAACGCUCUGAAGGACUUGAUUGUACCGGUUGGUAAGAAGAUCGCCUAUAACGUUACCGUUGAGGCCUCACCAAAUGUGACCGCCACAUGGAAGCGAGAUGGCGUCAUUAUUCCGGAGUCGCAGAGAGUGAUUCGUGAGGCUUACAACAAUGAAGUUUCCUUAGAAAUUCCUUUCUCGGUUCGUGAUGAUUGUGGUAUGUACACUUUGAUCGUGAAAAAUGAAUGCGGAGAAUACUCUGCUUCCGGUCAUGUCACGGUCCUUGAUAAACCAUCUCCACCGGAGGGGCCGUUGCGAAUUAGCAAUAUCACAACCGAAGGAUGCCGCCUGGAAUGGAAAAUACCGAAAGACGACGGAGGUAGCCCGAUUACUCAUUACGUGAUCGAAAAGAUGGACAUGUCGCGAGGUACCUGGUCAGCUGCUGGAAUGAGCACUUCUUUGAUCAACGAAAUAUCUCGCUUGAUUCACAACAAACGUUACUCGUUCAGAGUUAAGGCCGUCAACGAGAUCGGCGAAUCGGAACCGUUGGAUUCGUCCAAUCCAAUUGUGGCGAAGAACGACUUUGAAGAACCAUCACAGCCACCUAAACCACAGGUCGUCGACUGGGAUGCUAACUCGGUUAGUUUGGAAUGGAACCCACCUAAAUCCGAUGGAGGCGCUCAGAUAACCGAGUACAUCGUGCAGAAGAAGGAAAAAGACAGUCCUUACUGGAGUACGGCUGGACGUGUGCCUGGAAUUCAGCGCAAUCUGAAGGUUCCAGAUCUGGCUACAGAAACGGAAUGGGAGUUCCGAGUUAUUGCCGUUAACGCUGCCGGAGAAUCCGAACCAUCGGAUGCUUCGGAUGCCGUUCUUACCCGUUCGCGAUUCAUUGCUCCAAAGAUCGUUACUCCGAUGCGUGAUAUGGUUGUCAAGGCUGGACUUAUCUUCCAUUUGGAUGUUAACUUCACGGGUGAACCGGUUCCCGAUGUUACCUGGACGCUGAACGGAAAACCGGUUGAGACCGAUAAGCGCACGACCCUGACUGCUGUUGGUCAUCAUACCAUCGUGCAUACUGUCAACUGUAAUCGGGGUGAUUCCGGAGACUACAAACUAGUAAUUAGCAAUUCCAGUGGAAAGGAUGAAGGAAGUUUCCAUCUCACUGUAUUGGAUCGACCAGAUCCACCGGAGGGCCCAAUGAACUACGAAGAGAUCACGGAAAAAAGCGUUACAAUCUCCUGGAAACCACCGACGGACAAUGGUGGUUCGGAGAUUACUGGUUACGUUGUGGAGAAGAAAGAUCUUACCCAUGGUGGAGGUUGGGUACCGGCGGUGGCAUACGUCAGUCCAAAAUACACCCAUACUGUUGUUCCACGUUUGAACAAAGGCAACAAGUACGAAUUCCGUGUUAUGGCUGAGAACUUGCAGGGACGUUCCGAUGGUCUUGUAAGUAAACAUCCGGUCGUCGCUAAGGAUCAAUUUGUUCUUCCUGGACCUCCAACGAAACCGGAUAUUACCGACAGCGGCUAUGAUCAAAUUACGCUCACUUGGAAACCACCGAUUAGUGAUGGAGGUUCCCGGAUUACUGGAUAUAACAUCGAGCGUCGUGACGCUGCUACUGGACGUUGGAUUCAGGCUAACAAAUAUCCAGUGCCGAAUAUUGAGUUCACUGAUACUGGCGUGAUUAAGGGUCACCAAUACGAUUACAGAGUAUCGGCUGUUAACGCUGCUGGACAGGGAGCGCCAAGUGACAUUUCGAACAAGUGCUGGGCCAAACCAAUGCAGCAAGCUCCAUCUCUCAACCUGGACAGCUUCGGAAAGAGAAAGAUCAAGGUUCGUGCAGGCGAGCCGAUCGUUCUUACCAUACCCCUGGUUGGAGCUCCAAUUCCGAAAGUCGAAUGGUUCCGUGGUGGCGUUAAGGUACCUGAAGGCUCCCGGGUAUCUAUCGAUACCAACAGUGAACAUACGGUGUUCCGUGUGGAUAAGAGCGAUCGCAAAGAUUCAGAUACCUACAAAAUCAAGGCUUCCAAUCAGUACGGUGAGGAUGUUAAGGACUUCGAAGUUAUUGUCGUCGAUCGGCCACAGCCUCCCAGGAAUGUGUUUGCUUUGGAGACUACACAAGACACGGUUACUCUCAACUGGGAUCCACCGAAGGACGACGGAGGUUCGGAAAUUACCGGCUACAGUAUCGAAUACAAAGAGUUUCCAUCGGACAACUGGAAAAUGGUUUACGGCACAGUACCUCGUUGCUCACAUACGAUCAAGCAUCUCACGGAAAAUCACGAGUACAUAUUCCGUGUCCGAGCAGAGAACAUCUACGGUGCAUCGGAGCCAACGGAGAGCAAAACCAUUUCGCCGAAGAGUCCGGAUCCACCGGCAGCGGUCGACAAACCUGUCAUUGAUGAUUACACACCAAACUCAUGCACAAUUUCCUGGAAAGCUCCACGAGUUCAAACUCGGCCUGUUGUUGGGUACAUUGUCGAGAAACGUGAACGUGGAACCGGCGAGUGGGUACAGGUUAACAACUAUCCAACUGUCAAUCUUACAUACACCAUUCCCGAUCUCGUGGAAGGCUUCCGUUAUGAGUUCCGUGUCAAAACCGUCAACGACGUCGGAUGCAGCAAACCCAGUGAACCGACCGAUCCCAUCACUGCCCAACAUCAACGCAAACGUCCAAAUCAACCCGACCCGCCAUCGAUUGAUAAAAUCACGCGGAACAGUGUAACGCUCUCGUGGCGUACACUGCGUAGAGAUGCUAAGGAAAAGAUCCGAGGAUACAUUGUGCAAUACCGAUUUAAGGAUGAAGAGAAAUGGCUUGACGCUAACACCAUGGACGAUUUGAUAUCUGAACAAUCGUACCGCGUGGAAAACCUAGAGGAAAACAAAGAAUACCAGUUCCGACUCAUCGCUGUCAACGAUAUCGGAUCAUCGGAUCCGUCUCGUCCAAGUAUCACCGUUAUUCUGCAGGAGCAGCCUAACAAACCGAUGAUGGAUCUUCGAAACGUGCGCGAUAUUACCGUCCGUGCUGGUGAAGAUUUCAAUAUUCAUAUUCCGUACACUGCUUUCCCGAAACCGGUCGCUAGCUGGUUUGCCAACGACGAAGCGCUUGAUGAUAGCGAUUCGCGUGUCCACAAACAACUUACGGAUGAAGCCGCCAUCAUUGUUGUCACCAAUAGUAAACGUACAGAUUCAAAGCAGUACCGGUUGAUGCUGAAAAAUCCAUCUGGGUACGAUAUUGCUACCUGCAACGUUAAGGUAUUGGAUAGACCGUCCAAACCGGAGAAUAUUGCCGUUGAAUCGUAUGGCGGUGAACAUCUGAUUCUAUGCUGGAAUCCACCACUGGAUGAUGGAGGCUCCCCUGUUACCAAUUACGUUGUCGAAAAGAAGGACAAGAGUUCAGCCAACUGGACCAAGGUUAGCAGCUACUGUACCAGCACAUUCCUCAAGAUUCGCAACCUGCGCAUCAACCAGCAGUACGACUUCCGAGUGUGCGCCGAAAACAAAUACGGUCUAUCCGAACCGGCCCAAUCAGACUCUAUUGUGGCAAGACAUCCGUUCGAUGUGCCAACACAACCUGGAACGCCAACUCGUAUGGAUACGACAGAAGAUUCUGUUACCAUUACCUGGGCGAAACCGGCCAGCAAUGGUGGAUCACCAAUCACGCACUACGUCGUCGAGAAGCGUUUGGCUGCCGAAGGUAACUGGACCAAGGUGCAGCAGGGCACACUCAAGGACCUGGUCUGUAAGAUUGCUGGUCUGUCUGAAAACCGUGAAUAUGUCUUCCGCGUUGCUGCUGUCAAUGCCGCUGGGCAAAGUCCGUUCAGUUCAGCAUCGGAUCCGAUUAUGGUUACGGCAGCAUUCACCGCUCCGAAGAUUACAUCCGACAUUGGAAUGCGUGAUAUCACUGUCAUUGCUCGGGAUCCGUUCAAAAUCAUUGUUCCGUAUACGGCAAUUCCAAGGCCUGACGCCUUCUGGCUGGUUAAUGGAAACGAAGUUUCCAAGAAUGAGAGAAUCGAUCUGUUGGUUACCGAUACGGAAGCUGUUUUCAAGAAUGAUUCGGCCAAGCGGUUGGAUACUGGAAGCUACACGAUUCACUUGGUCAACUGUGUUGGAAAGGAUACUGCUUCGUGUCGGGUGCUGGUUGUUGAUAAACCUACUCCACCGAUCGGUCCUCUGGAGGUUACUGAGAUCACACCGGAGUCCUGUACGUUGUCUUGGAAGGUUCCACUGGACGAUGGAGGCAGUCCGAUCACAAACUACAUUGUUGAACGCUACGAACCUCUGGGAUAUUGGACCAAGGCCAGCAGUUUCGUGCGCUCAACUCAUUACGAUAACAUGGGCAUGGAAGCCAACAAGCCGUACAGCUUCAGAGUUCGUGCUGAAAAUCAGUACGGAAUUAGCGAUCCGUUGAUUUUGGAAGAACCGAUUAUCGCCCGCUAUCCAUUUACCGUACCAGAUCCACCGAAUCCACCGCGUGUUUCCGACUGGGAUGCGAACUAUGUCACCGUUACCUGGGAGCGACCGCUUAUGGAUGGAGGCUCGCGUAUUCAGGGCUACCGUUUCGAGUACAGAGAUGUUACGGACAGUUCAUGGAUUGUGUGCAAUUUCCUCAUCAAGGACAAUUCCUAUCAAGUGUACAACCUGCUACCUGGCCGAGAGUACGAGUUCCGCGUUCGUGCUCAAAAUGCUGCCGGUGUAAGCAAGCCAUCGGCUUCUUCGAAGAAGUUCAAGAUCCACACCAAGAUCACCGCACCAGCUGCACCAGGAGCCCCGGCAAUCAUUAAGGUUGGAAAGAGCUUCGUCGAUCUUAGCUGGACUCCACCGGCUAGCGAUGGUGGAUCGCGAAUUACCGGAUACUAUGUGGAGCGUCGUGACGUUGGUGGAGCUCGCUGGGUUAAAUGCAACGAAUCGAACAUCCCGGUUACCGAGCUCACCGUUAGCAAUCUCAUCGAAGGUGGAGUGUAUGAGUUCCGUGUGUACGCUGUCAACAACUAUGGAGUUUCUCCACCAUCUGUCGAGACGCGAUCAGUCAGAAUCGGUGAACAGCUGGACACCGAAAAACCGGAAUGGGUCAAGAGGUUGAAGUUCAGCCUGGUACCAUUGGGAAAAUCUGUGCAGUUAACUUGCGAAGCGCACGGCAAACCGGAACCAACUUGCAGAUGGUUACGCAACGGCAAGGAAAUUACUCAUGGUGGUCAGUUUGCCUUGGAGAGUAAGAAUGGUGUAUUCUCCUUGCACAUUUCGAAUGUCACCUACCGUGACGAAGGUGAUUAUACUUGUGAGGCUAUUAACUUCGUUGGUGUCGUUCACACAACGGCAGCGGUCAAGAUCGGUGUUCCACCGAAACUGGUCAACAUUCCGUCGGAUGUGUAUCUGAUCAAGGGAGAGAAUUCCAAAAUCAAGCUGGCUUUCAGCGGAGAUCAGCCAAUGGAGGUUAACAUUUCGAAGGAUCGUGAGAAGUUGAUUGAAACUGAUCACAUCAAAUACACUGUGUUCGAUGACUACGCGGUUAUCUACAUUCGAGAUGUGGACGAUAGCGAUAAGGGAGUGUACUUGGUCAACUUCAAGAACGACAGCGGUAGUGUGUCUUGUAACGUCAACGUGCAUGUUACCGGUCUGCCUGGACCACCAACAGGACCGCUGCUCAUUAGUCACGUAACGAAGAACAUGUGCACGGUGUCAUGGAAACCACCAAGUCACGACGGUGGCCGUAAGGUUACUCAUUACGUUGUAGAGCGUCGUGACAUCAAGUCGCAACACUGGCUAAUUGUAUCAAACUAUGUCAAAGAAUCGCAGUUGAUCAUCAAGGGAUUGAUCGAGUUUUCGGAGUAUCUGUUCCGAGUAUCUGCCGUUAAUGAAAAUGGCAUGGGACCAGCUCUGGAAGGUGUCGAUCCCAUCAAAGCCCGUGGACCAUACGAUUUACCGUCGCCACCUGGUAUCCCGAUUAUCCACGAAGUAGGAGGCGAUUUCGUCAACCUGGAAUGGGAGAAACCCGUUUCUGAUGGUGGCUCUCGCAUUCAGGGAUACUGGAUCGAGAAGCGCGAACAAGGAAGCGAAACCUGGCAGCGCGUUAACACUGUGUCAUGUUCUAUAUGUACAAUUAACUGUCCGAAUCUGGUGGAAGGACGAUUCUACGAAUUCCGUGUAGCCGCACAGAACGAAGUUGGUGUUUCUGAGUUCUCGAAGGCUUCACAACUGAUAAAGGCCGAAGAUCCAGAUGUUUGCAAGCCUCCGGAGAUCGUCAAGCCAUUGAACACGCUGACCUGCGUGCAGAACAGGAAUGUUGAGUUCACAUGCAAGAUCACCGGCGUUCCAAGACCGAAGAUCACCUGGCACAAGGGAGCUCGCGAAAUCUGCUCCGGAGCCCGGUACUACAUGUACAGUGAUGGAGACAUGCACCACCUGGCUAUCAACGACGUUUUCGGUGAAGAUGCUGACGAGUACACUUGCCGUGCAGUCAACAAGGGAGGCAUCAAAUCUACGAAAGCCUCACUCGUCAUUAAAUCGCCACCGAAACUUAAUGUACCGCCACGAUUCCGGGACACUGCCUUCUUCGAUAACGGUGAAAAUAUUGAAAUCAAGAUACCAUUCACCGGAUUCCCGAAACCAAGAUGCCACUGGACUCUCAAGGGCGAACAGAUCGAAUCCGGUAGUCACUAUCACAUCGAAACUCGUGAGCGUCACACUGUGCUAACCAUUCGCGAUGGAACUCAGCUUGAUUCGGGCACCUACACUAUUACGAUCGAGAAUGAGCUUGGUCAGGACACGGCUGAUAUUAACAUUCAAAUCAGCGAUCGUCCGGAUAAACCAAGAAACCUCACGGUUGACCAAAUUGGACUGGACCACGUCACUCUCAGCUGGUUGCCACCGGCUUGGGAUGGAGGAGCAAGCAUUACGAAUUACAUCGUUGAAAAGCGAGAGGUUCCAUUGUCGACUUGGAUUCGUGCUGGUACUACUCGAUUCAACCAACUCAUCAUUCCGCAUUUAUCCCCUGGACACAAGUAUGAAUUCCGAGUGUUUGCCGAAAAUGUGUACGGUCGUUCGGAGCCUUCGGAUCAAACCGAGUUGGUUAGUUUGAAGGAUCUGGGCAUUAAGCCAGCUAAGCGUGUCAAGUAUGAACUGGAUGAGAACGGCAAACCUAAACGACAAGGCAAACGUGAGCCAAUCUCCGACUAUGAUUCAUAUGUGUUUGACGUGUACUCCAAGUAUCACCCGAAACCGGUGGAAAUUUCCAACAAGAGUGUGUACGAUUUGUACGAGAUUCUGGAAGAAAUUGGAACUGGUGCAUUUGGUGUGGUUCAUCGCUGCCGUGAACGCAAGACCGGUAACGUGUUCGCCGCCAAGUUUAUCCCUGUGUCUACCAGCUCCGAACGUGACUUGAUCCGUAAGGAAAUUGAUAUCAUGAACCAGUUGCAUCACCGUAAAUUGAUCCACCUGCAUGAUGCGUUUGAAGAUGACGAUGAGUUCGUGUUGAUCUAUGAGUUCUUGUCUGGAGGUGAACUCUUCGAACGCAUUACCAUGGAAGGUUACAGCAUGUGCGAACAAGAGAUUAUCGAAUACAUGAAACAGAUCUGCGAAGCCGUCAAGUAUAUGCACGAGAGAAACAUUAUUCAUCUGGAUAUCAAACCGGAGAAUGUCAUGUGUCAGACUAGAAACAGUAACCAAGUGAAACUGAUCGAUUUCGGUUUGGCCACUCGUUUGAAUCCGAAUGAAAUGGUCAAGAUUUCAACGGGAACUGCCGAAUUCGCUGCUCCUGAGAUUGUUGAACGUGAACCGGUUGGUUUCUACACUGACAUGUGGGCGAUCGGUGUGCUGGCGUAUGUAUUAGUGAGUGGCCUAUCGCCGUUCGCUGGCGAGACCGAUAUCGACACUCUGAAGAACAUCAAGCAAGGUACUUGGGAGUUUGAUGAAGUUGCAUUCAAGGAUGCAUCCGAGGAAUGCAAGGACUUUAUCCGUCGUCUGCUGAUCAAGAACACAGAGAAACGUAUGACGGCCCAUGAGUGUUUGACGCAUGCUUGGUUGAGCGAUGGCUAUAACAGCUCCACUUCGUUGAUCUCGAUUGAACGCUACAAAACUAUUCGUGAUCAUAUUCGCAGGAAGUAUGAUGACUGGGCUUCAUUCGUUCUACCACUUGGCAGAUUGUCGGAGUACUCGGCCCUGCGCAAACUUCUUGUCACCAAGUACAAGAUUCACGAGACCUCGUUCGACCGACGACAGGCUGCCCCACGAUUCGUCAUUCGCCCACAAUCGGCCUUCUGCUACGAAGGACAGAGCUGCAAGUUCUACUGCCGUAUUAUUGGUGUGGCGACUCCAGUGGUGACCUGGUAUCACAACAAUCAAGAAUUGAAGCAAUCGGUGAAGUUCAUGAAGCGUUACGCCGGUGAUGAUUACUACUUCAUUAUCAACAGAGUCAAGCUGGACGAUCGUGGCGAGUACAUCAUUCGUGCUGAGAAUCACUACGGAGCUCGCGAAGAGGUUAUCUUCCUGAACGUGCACCCCAUGUCUAAGCAGGUUCCAGUGUACAAGCCAGAAACGUUCACCGUUAGAAAACGCGAACCUAGCCCUCGUCCGCUGUGGCAGGAAGAAUCGGAUGCGGCACCAGUUUUCACCUUCGCUCUUCGUCCUCGUGUUAUGCAGUGUAGAGAUACCUGCAAGCUGUUGUGUUGUCUUAGCGGUAAACCUGUGCCCACAGUUAAGUGGUACAAGAACGGACGAGAGCUUAGCCGAUACGAAUACUCCAUGACGCACACGGAUGGUGUGGUGACCAUGGAAAUCAUCGACACCAAGGUUGAAGAUUCUGGAGAAUACAAGUGUGUUGCUAUCAAUCCUCUUGGAAAGGCGGAAACAAGCUCCGUUGUGAUCGUUGAAGAUCGCCGCCGUUCGGAUGUACCUCAGCAGAAAACGGAAACCAGAAGAUCUUCGAUCAAACGGCCAGAAAUAAAGGCACCAGCUUCGAAGCAACUUGGACCACCGGAUGCCCGCUCUAGACAGUCAACCCGCGAAUUAAUGCCAUUGCAAUCCGACAGUUUAAUGCACCCGCCAGAAUUUACCAAGAAGCUGAAGGACGUCAUCGCUUCGGAUGGCGAACCACUACAGCUGAACUGCCACGUCAGCGGUGACCCACUUCCACAGAUCGUGUGGACCAAGAACGGCAAAAAACUGACCUCUUCGGCCGUCAUCGAUAUCAAGUACAAAUCCGGCAUCGCCAGUCUGCGAAUCAACGAACUGUUCCCGGAGGAUUCCGGUACCUACUUGUGUACGGCGAAGAACUCCAUGGGAGAAACCUCUACGCAGUGUGUGCUUGAUGUGAAGAAGGGACCGAACUCGGCGGCUCGACCCGUCGACAAGAAGGGCGCUCAGGCGAAGGCUCCCAUCAUCAACAAGCAUACCGAGUCCGGUUACUAUAAGGACGGCUCGGAAGUUACGAUCACCUGCCGUAUAUCUUGUCCGGAUCCGUUCAAUGUGAUCUGGUUGCAUGAUAAUCGCGAAAUUAAAAACACCCCCGACUUUGAGUAUCGUAACGACGGCGACCUUUAUUCGCUGCACAUCCCAGAAAUCUUCCCCGAGGAUGCUGGUACCUAUACGUGCGAGGCGUUCAACAAGGGCGGAGAAAGUUUCAGUUCCUGUACCAUUUCCGUACUCUCGCAGGGUGAUCAGAAGGACAAUGCGACCUUCGCCAAGUUCCCCGCUUCACUGAGUGUGCUGGACGGUGUGAAGGCCUCGUUCAGCUGUCAAACGUACGACGCCCCGACCAAGCUGGAAUGGUACAAGGAUGGUGAACCGAUCAACGACUCCUCCAACCGGUACCAGUUUGUGAAGAAGGACAACAACUACUCCUUUACCAUUGCCAAGUGUUCCUUCGAAGACAUUGGCCAGUACCAGGUGCGGGCGGUGACGCGCCUCGGGGACGCUUUGGCUUCCUUCUCUGUCAAUGUUAGUGCGUAGGGAAUGUUUAGGCGAUAAGAUAUUUAGGUUGUUAGCUAGGUAGACAUAAUGGAACAAUCAAUUUUUUGAAAGGAAUAGUUUUUUUGUAUCUUUUUGUUUUGUUUUGUUUAACUGUGCCGGAAUCGGGUGAGUAACGCCAUUUCUCGUCCUCUUGUAUAAGUAUAUUUUUUUUGUAAAGUAUUAUUAUUUAUUUGCAUCCAGAGCGGCACAAGUUAAAAGGCAUUGAUUUUUUAAAUGUUGAUAAAAAACGAAAACAAACAAAAAAUAAACGAAACAGUUAAUGAAAA